AUGGACAUUAUAGCGAUGGGAAGCUUAGGAAGCAAAAAAUUAAUCACUCACCUUGUUUUAGUACUUGUUGCAAUAAUAGUAGAGAGAAUAGCCUAAGUUGUUUAUUAUUUACUAGUGAUAAGAGUAUAUGAAAUCCAAAAAAAUAUCUAAUCUAACUUGAAUUUGACUUAGCAUAUAAUAUUUAGGGCUCUAUUCUUAGAUAUUUUUAUAUUUUUAAAAUCAAAUUACCAAAUUAAAAACUAAACAUCAGGACAACUUUUACCUUGCGUUUCUCAUAGAACUUUUGUUAGUUACUAAACUCAAAAUAUUCACUCUUAUUUUUCUACUUUUGCCUGUCUAUUUUUCCAAUCUCAUGGAAUGAUAUACUGGGGAUCUUCUGAUCCCAUCUUAAUUAUUUCCAUGGUAGUUCACUUUAUUUGUCUUGCAAUAUCAAAUACUACAACCUACGUUUAGGAAAGCAAUAUUAAAUUUGUUUAAAUUUUUACAAAAAACAUACUUUACAUAAUUUCAUUUAUUGGCUUCUGGUGCCUAACAAGCAAUAUAUCUCGUCCACGCUUUUUGGUUGCUCAUAUGUUUGCUUGCAUUAUAAUACUUAUCAUAAUUUAUGUUCUUUAUACUUCCACUUAAGUUUAACCAGCUGAUAUAUAAGUUAUAAAUUAAAAGUAAAAUCUAGAGGGUAGAUAAAAUAUCUAAAAGAAUAACGAAAUUCUAAUCAAAAACGGAGAAAUUAAUAAACAAUAAGCAGGAAUAGAUAAUAAGAAUCAAAAUUUGGAUAGUUAACCAUAGAACAGAUUUCAAGUAUAAAAUUAAGACAUCUCUUCUAUUAACAACAAUCCAGAAUAAUCAAAAUAGUAAAUUAAUAAGUAGUUUUAGUAAUCAUCUAAAAAGUAAGAAGACAAAGAUACAUAUGAAACCCAUACUCCUCAAUAGAUGACCCAUAAUGCUAGUGAUUUAACUAAAAACAUACAUAUUCCAUAAGCAAAUACAGCAGAAAAAAUAUCUUUAAACAACAAUAUCAAUUAAAUUGAAGAUAUUCAUAUUGAACAAUUUGACUAAAACGUUACUUAGAAUAAGCAUAUUUAAAAUACGGACUUUAAUAUUACCGAAAAUAACCAUACACAUUUGAAUAGUGGUAGAGAUGCUCUUUAAUCCAAGAUUAAUUCUAAUAUGGAUUACAUGAGCCAUAAAGGAUUGAUUGGAUACGGAUUUAAGGAACACCUACCGACAGAAGGUGAAAAUAAUGACUAUGUAAUUAAAUUUGAUGACGAUUCAUAAAACACUUAAAAAAUAAAGCAAUUAGCUUCCUUAGAAACACCAAAGCAAUCUAAAUAUUAAGAUUAGUAGCCAAGCAUAUAAGUUCAUUAGCCAACAGAAAUACCAACAUAAAAUGAUCAAAAUUAUAAUAAAAACACUUAAAAAUCUCAUGAUUAGAUUAACUAAGAUCCAAAAAGCUAAAAUUAAGAAUUUUUAAAACCAAUAGAAGUUUAACAUAAUGAAAAUUUACUUAUUUAGCAUGAACCUUAAAUAGUUUCCAAAAUGUCUAUAGAAGAAGAAAAAGAAGUCACUUUAAAAAAUACAAAAAAAGACAUAAUCCUAUACCAUAUUUAAAAUAUCCUAGGAUUUGUAAUAUGCGGAUUUUUUAUGUGCAUGAAUUAUGAGAAAGAUUUCUUUGUCAUGGGCAAAAAGUACUUAAACAAACCUUUGUCAUCGUUUAAAAUAAUAAAUAUCGUUUUUUUGUUCACAUUUGAAAUAUCAUUUAACUCAUUUCACUUUUUCCCAGCACUAAGAGUGAUUUCAAUAAUAUGCGGAUGUUUUUACUUGCUUAUUGAGAUUUAAUAUCUGAUUAAAUUUGAUUACAAAAGCACAUUUAUCUAUGAAAUAAUAAAGAAAUUUGGUAAAAAACAACCAUAAAAAAAGAAUUAAUAAGCCAAUCAAAUUGCUUAAAAUGUAUAUGAAUUACCAAUAAAAGUUUGA